GGCGGCCGGGCCCCCGGCCCGCCGCCAACAUCUGCGGGAAUCUGCGGCAAGAGCUUCGGCCGGGGCUCCACCCUGAUCCAGCACCAGCGCAUCCACACCGGGGAGAGGCCCUACAAGUGCGGGCUGUGCGACAAGGCCUUCUCCCAGAGCUCCGACCUCAUCAAGCACCAGCGCACCCACACCGGCGAGCGGCCCUACAAGUGCCCCCGCUGCGGCAAGAGCUUCGCCGACAGCUCCUACCUGCUGCGCCACCAGCGCACCCACACGGGCCAGAAGCCCUACAAGUGCCCGCACUGCGGCAAGGCCUUCGGCGACAGCUCCUACCUCCUCCGCCACCAGCGCACCCACAGCCGCGAGCGGCCCUACUGCUGCCCGGACUGCGGCAAGUGCUACAGCCAGAACUCCUCCCUGCGCAGCCACCGCCGCACCCACACGGGCCAGAAGCCCUACAGCUGCCCCAUCUGCGGCAAGGCCUUCUCGCAGCGCUCGGCCCUCACCCCGCACCAGCGCAGCCACACCCGCGAGAAGCCCUUCAAGUGCCCCGACUGCGGCAAGAGCUUCAGCCAGGGCUCCGUCCUCAACAUCCACGCCCGCACCCACCUCCCCGGCCGCUCCUACAGCUGCCCGGACUGCGGCAAGACCUUCGGCCGCUCGUCCACCCUCAUCCAACACCAGCGCUCCCACACCGGGGAGAGGCCCUACAAGUGCGCCGUCUGCGGCAAAGGGCUUGCCGCUCCCUCCACCCUGCUGCAGCACCACCGGGUCCACACCGGCGAGAGGCCCUACAAGUGCGCGGACUGCGGCAAGGGCUUCUCCCAGAGCUCCGACCUCAUCCGACACCAGAGGACCCACGCGGCCGGGAGGCGCUGACCGGCGGGCGGGGCGGAGCCCCCCCGCCCCCCCGGGGGGGGCCCCGGCUUCCGGGAGGGAGGGCCCGGGGUCCCGGCGGAGGGGACCGAGGA